AAGCCAUACGGAAUGCCGAGACGAGACUCACUGCGAGCAACUUUGCGUACUCGAAACUUGCUCAAGGUGUGCGUACAUGAAAAUCUGCAUAUGUACUCAGAGCGUAGGCGCUAGGUUACGGACUCGCGUGCUAGCCCCGAAAUGAUUCGGACUCGCGUAGGGUUGAGAGGUACAAGGUGAAGCACAGACGAUUAAUGAGGACAAGAUAGCGGAAAAUGAGUGAACCCUUGUUAGUUUUCGACCCACAGCCGGUCCACAUAUUGCUGUUAGUGUUUGGCCUCUUCACAAUUGUUUUCGCGACUUUCGGGCGCGUCCUUAAGGAGCGGCUCUUCCUCACCGAGCCGCUAUGCGCCACCUGCAUAGGCAUCUUCAUAGCGGCCGCGGCGGUGGGCAUUGAGACGCGGCUGGACCCGGUGCACAAUGAGAGCACGCGCAUCGUACUGCUGGAGUUGACCCGGCUCACCAUCGUGGUGCAGGUCAUGACCACUGCGCUGGAGCUGCCCACGGGUCUGGUGGUACGGCAAUGGCAGGCGCUGCUGCUGCUGCUGGGACCCGUGCUGGCGGCGGGCUGGUGGCUGGCCAUGUUGCUUGUGUGGGGCAUCAUGGACUUCGAGUGGAAGGAGGCGUGCUUGAUUGGCGCGUGUGUGACGGCCACAGACCCUGUGCUGGCGCACGCUAUCGUGCAAGGCACCUUUGCUGAGACGCUGCUGCCGGGCCGGCUGCGCGACCUCAUGUCCGCCGAGUCCGCCGCCAACGACGGCUUUGCCUACCCCUUCGUGAUGCUGCCCGUGCUGCUGCUCACACAGCCCGCCACACCGCACCUGGCGGCAGAGUACCUGGUGACUGUGUGGCUGUGGGAGAUUAUCACCGGCUGCGUCAUCUGCGGCCUCAUCGGCUUCAUCAGCGGCACCAUCCUCAAAUGGGCGGACCGCAAGGGCUUUGUGGAGAAUACCUCGCUCGUGGGGUACAGCAUCGUGCUGGCACUCAGCGUGCUGGGCGCGGGCCGCUGCCUUAACAUCAACGAGAUAUUGGGCUCCUUUGUGGCUGGCGUCGCCUUCGCGUCCGCACUGGACGCACGCGACCGCAUCGCCGAGCUGCAGAUCCAGGAGACUGCAGACCUGCUGCUGGGCAACUUGUUCUUCCUGGCGUUCGGCGCCUCCAUCCCCUGGGACAGCUGGGGCGACGUGGGCUUCGGGGCGGGCCAGAUGGUGGGCGUGGCGCUGGCGGUGCUGGGCCUGAAGCGGCUGCCUGUGCUGCUGGCGGUGUACAGGUUGAUGCCCAGCGGCCUCCACACGGUGGCGGAGGCGGCACACUUCGGCUGGUUCGGCCCGGUGGGGGUGGCGGCUUUCUUUUACGCGCUGGAGGUCAUUGAAAAGGUCGGCGGCGACACGGGCGAGCGCUGCUACGUGCUGCUCACGUGGAUCAUCUUCGUCUCCAUCAUCAUCCACGGAGUCAGCGGCGUGCCCUUCACAAAGCUGCUGUCGCCGGGCAUGGACCUGAGCGAGGAGCACGCGCGCGAGGCGGCGGCGAAGGCGGCCGCGGCGGAGGCGGCGGAGGCCGCGGCGGCGGCGGCUGACGGGGGCGUCAUAAAGGAGCUGGCGGCGAGUGGGGACAGCAGCAGUGGCGGGGAGGUGGCGCUGCAGGUGCACCACCUGGCAGCCGCGGGGGCUGGGGCGGCGGCGGCGGCGACGGCGGCGAGGAGCGGUGUGGCGAAGGCAGCUGGAGGCGUGCGGGCGUGGUUCGGGCGCCUGGCGGCAGCGGUAGGCUGCUGCGGGGAGGGAGGCCCUGCGCCCGCGGCGGCCGACACGCACGGGCUCAGAGCAGCGGGCACUGCCGGCGGCGUGGGCGGGUCAAGUCGGUACGCCAUGUAUGCGUCACCCAGCCUGCGUGCAGCAGGUGCGGCCGGCGGCACGGCACGCGUGUCGUUUGCGCCGCGGCGUUACCACCAACUGGCGACCGCGUCAGUGCCGCUGCCGGCUGCUGCUGCUGCGGGUGGUGCGGUGGGGAAUGGGAGCAUGCACCGGAAUGGGAGUCAGCAGCGAGCUACAGGGCGGCAGGCAGCGGUGCCGCAGCAGGUCGUUGCAGAUGCCGAGGCGCCGCCACCUCGUCAGCCGCUCUGCGGGGAGGCAGAGAUGGUCUCAGCCCGCGCCUAAUGGCGACUAUGUUUACUCGUGUUUGUUGGUUGCUGUCACGCAAGACUAGCUAGCAGGUUUUAGUGGUGUGGUGCAUUUAGUCGUUCCGUAUAAGCAGGAAGACUCUUGAAGUAAAUGAGAUGCCUUAGCAGGUGUGUGCAUACGGCAAUGUUGCGUGAGUGACUCCCUGUUGGCUGACACGGCGAAAGGACGUACAUAUAAGGAUACAGAUACAGCACUGGGGUGG